UAAAUUCUUAAAGCAACAGUAACUUGUUGCAGCCGUGCUUUGAAAAAGUUCUUAAAAGUCAUCCGUCUAUGAAAUUGUUUAUUAAUUUUAACGGACCUGGUUUCAUUGGCUACAAGGGACUCGUGAAAGUUUAGGAAAUAUGUAGCCAGCGAGCCUCUUGCCCGAGGCACUGGCAGCAGAUUCACUUGCAGUAGUACGCUACUAGCAAACCGCAUUAUAGAGCAGCAAAUAGCUAACUCGCAUAGCUGUCAACUUGCUAGCUAAGUGUGUUCUUUCGCAAGAAAAUGUAACUUAGCUAGAUGGCAUAUUAAACCAACGCACGAUAGCUUCAGUUGCGACGAGCUUCUUCAGUCUGGAAUGCUUCUGUAGAUGAUGGCACUGGUACCCUAUGAUCGGAGUUCUCUGCCUGCUCUCUCCAAACUCCACGAUACUUCGGUGGAAUUUCACUUCGCAAACCGCCGGGUGCGUCUUACCCAGGACUGGAACCGGCUUGGAGUGGCCGCGGUGGUCUGGGAUGCGGCGGUGGUGCUGUGCAUGUACCUGGAGCUGGGGCAGAUUGAGCUGGGGGGCAAGGCUGCCAUCGAGCUGGGAGCGGGCACAGGGCUGGCAGGCAUUGUGGCAGCGCUGCUAGGUGCCAGAGUAACGAUCACGGACAGGGAGCCGGCCCUGGACCUCCUGCGGACCAACGUGCGGGACAACAUACCUCCCGACCAGCAGGGGGCAGCGGUGGUGUCGGAGCUGACCUGGGGGGAAGGCCUGGAGCGGUUCCCGGCGGGCGGGUACGACCUGGUCCUCGGGGCGGACAUCGUGUACCUGGAGGAGACGUUCCCGGCUCUGCUGCGGACCCUGGAGCACCUCAGCUCGGCCAGGACCGCGGUGCUGCUCGCCUGCAGGAUCCGCUACGACCGCGACCGCACCUUCCUCGCCGCGCUGCGGCGGAGCUUCGCCGUGGAGGAGGUCCACUACGAGGCCCAGAGGGACAUCCACAUCUACAGGGCGACCAAGCUCCAGACUCGGGUGGAGCUCUGAGCCACUUCUACAGAGCGGCUAAGCUCCAGACUCACCCCGAGCUCUGAGCCACAUCUACAGAGCGGCUAAGCUCCAGACUCGCUCCGAGCUUUGAGCUUUCAGAGGCUUUGAGCGUGAAAAGCCGUCGGCAAACACUUGAGGGUCUGAAGGAAUUUGAUUCAAAGGGACCAGGGAUGGGCAAGGCGGGCCGUGAUCCGUUUCUGGAUUUCAGUCCAACCUCUGCGCUUAAUUAGCCCAAUCGUUUACAUGAUCUGUAAUUUUUAACGACAAUUAAAGUAAUUUUUAAUUUUAAACCAAAA